AUGUCAAUGUCGGCCUCGUACGAACAGUACGACCAUCCCCAAUAUGGAACAUCCCACUACCCAUACGACGGACCAGAUGAGAUGGCCCAUGAUAAUUUUGAGGCCCAAUAUGAACAUCCUGAAGACGGAAACCAGGAUGGUGAUUACCACGAUCCCGAAUACCAUGAUGAGGAUCACAAUGAAGGGGCCUUUGGAUAUGGUGGGGACUGGGAUCCACAAUAUCCUGAAGGGGGUGAUGAAAACUAUGGUCACAACGAACACCAGGAGCUUCAAGUAGGGAUGCAAAACCAUCACUACGAGCACGGCGCAGAUGAUCAGUAUUCAGAUGAUCACGAGCCUCCUUACUAUGAAUAUUAUAGCAAUCCAGAAGACGAUAGCUAUGACCCCAAUGAGGAAGUGGAUUAUCAAAACUGGUUGGGACAUAGUGAGAUGGAUGAGAGUGGAGAACCUCAUGAGCAAGAGACCGAUCAACAUGACGAGGAUCUAGUGGGUCAGCCUGCAGAGCAAGAGGAGAACGAGGAAGCGAUGGAAGACCCAGAGCGGGAAGAAAACCAUGAUCCAGACCAACAUCCAAUGCCAGAGAUGGCCGAUCACCUUUCCCCAGCAGCACCGAAUCCUCAAACCAACCCUCAAGCUCAAGGCUCAAACCACGAACACAGCGGUGGUCAACAUCCUGGUCAAAUGAGUGGUGCAACUGGUGGCCACCCACCUACGGACCAGCAUCCACCAAUGCCAGAAAAUGUGCCGCGCUCGACCCCUGGUGGCUCGAUGUUAAACAUCGCCCUAGAAAAUACAUUCCAGGGUGGUGAAAUGUACGCAGUUGUCUCCGGGAAGGCCAUUGAUCACAACAACAGCCUCUUCCUGCUCUCUUCUGAUGGAAAGACGCCGAUCUAUCCCACCGCAGAAGGGCCAAUACAUGAGGAUAUUUCGAUAGAAAUGCAUGCGGGUCAGCCUACAACAAUCACCAUUCCUCAUAUUGCCGGCGGCCGAAUCUACUUUUCUCGAAACAAGAAACUAGAGUUCACAUUGAAUCCAGGCCCGUCCCUCGUCGAGCCGUCAGUCACCAAUGCCAGCGAUCCGAACUACUUGACCGAGUGGGGUUUUGUGGAAUUGACUUUCAAUAAAGAUCAACUGUACGCGAACAUUAGUUAUGUUGAUUUUGUCGGCAGUAUUCCUACUGGCUUGAGUCUGGAGACCGCCUCCGGAGCCACACAGCAUGUAUCUGGUAUGGGUGCGGACGGCUUGGAAAGCGUGUGCCAGGGACUGAUGCAACAACGACAACGGGAUGGGAAAGGAUGGGAUCAGCUUAUUGUCCAGCCUCAAGGGAGACCACUCCGUGUCCUUUCUCUGAAUCAGGUGGUGAAAAUCAAACCGGAUAUAUUUGCCGAUUACUACGAUAAGUAUAUUGAUCAAGUAUGGCAACAUCUAUCCUCCAGUGAGGUUGCUAUUGACACACAGAUGGCCGCCGGCGUUGUGAAAGCUCGAGUCCAAGGGGAUAAGCUGUCAGUUGGAAAGUCACAAUUUGCAAAACCAACUACGCUGGAUAUUCUCAGCUGCGACUCGGGUGCAUUUGCGACAGGAUCGGACGCAGAAGUCAACGCUAUCAUUCCCAGGAUUGCGGCCGCCUUUAACCGCUCGACACUCUUGGACACGCAAUCAUUCCCGGAGGAUAAGGCUCUUCACUACAAGAACCAAGUGACUAACCACUACUCUCGGGUGGUCCAUGAGCACAACAGCGAUGGAAAAGGCUAUGCAUUUCCUUAUGAUGAUGUACAGAAGACUGGAGGCCCGGAUCAGUCUGGUGAGGUCCAUGCUAGCGAUGCAACGCUCCUCACCGUGACGGUGGGUGGUGGAAAAGUUGCCCAGCAUUGA